GGCGCGCUCGGUCGGGGGCGGGACAAGGGGAGAGAAGGGCAGAGAGACGAGGGCGGUAGGGGGCCGCCGCGACGUUGCGCGGCAGUUGCGUCCGGCCCGCGUGCACGCGAAGCCCGGGAGGGGGCGGGGCUGAGGCGGGCACCUCCCCACCCAGGCCUCGCCCCCGCGGCCCGCCCGCACAUAUAGCCCAGCCCCCUCGCCUUGGCUGCGCCGCCCCCUCGCCUUGGCUGCCCCACCCCCUCGGCGGCCGCGCUCCUUCUCCCGCCGCCUGCUUGCCUCCCGCCCGGCUCCUUCGGCCGAGAGCGGGAGAAAGUCCUGCUGGUGGGCGGCCGCGGAGCUGCGCGCGUCCGGCAUCCCGGGGCCGCUCCGGCCCGGGCGGCUAGGGGGCCCGGCGGUCCAUGCAUCCGCCGCCGCCCGCCGCCGCGAUGGAUUUCAGUCAGAACAGUCUGUUCGGCUACAUGGAGGACCUGCAGGAGCUCACCAUCAUCGAGAGGCCGGUCCGCCGGAGCCUCAAGACACCAGAAGAAAUAGAAAGAUUGACAGUUGAUGAAGACCUCAGUGAUAUUGAAAGGGCUGUUUAUCUGCUCAGGUAUUUCAUAAAGUCUUUUUGUGAUAAUUGCUGCUUUUCCUGUGGCAGCAUCCACAAAUGAUUUCUGAAAUGUCAUGUUACGGUUCUGUUCAGAUUUACUUAACCACUUGAACAGAGUACUUUUGCAUGCGCAGCACUUAAUUAUGUUAUAAAUUAAGAUUUAGAUAUGGACUUAUGAACUUGAGAACCGAAAUCAAAUAAGAUACCUAGCUUAUAGAAUAUUGCUUGGAGGAGGAACAGAACAACUAAUGGUUUGAGUUCAAUCUCAUUAAAAAAAAAAAAAUCUUGCAGCUUUGGUUGUCCUCACAUAAGAUCCAAUAAAUUUAGAUGAGACUUAAGAAUAUCCAGUGAUUAAUUUUAAGUUAAUUGCAGAGUAUGAACUUCAUAUGCUAUUUACUGUACAGAAAAAAAAUCCACAAAUAUGGUAGUUCAGUUAUUUUCCCUCAGGAUAAUCCUGUUUAUAUGACUUCUGCUAUGUGUGCUUUAUAAUUUUGCCUGAGAGAUUUUAAAAUUUAAUUGAGCCUACUCUCACUUAAGUUUCAUCUUACAAGCGCUACAGAAUUGCUUAAGCCAAAUGGUAUUACAAAUAUUUACAAGAUUUCUCUCAACUAUUUUAAAAAUUGUGUUGUGGAUUUAACUUCUUAAAAGCUGAUGUGAACAUUAAUGAAAAUAUCUAUAAAAAUACUUCAGAAAUAGAAAUUUUCCUAAGGCAUUUUGUGUACAUUGUUUUAAAAUUUUUCUUGCACAUUUUUCCCCCCUUUUGGCAAAUUAGUUUUCGCUUUUUUUUUUUUGGAAUCAGAUUUUGAAAACUGGUGUUAUUUACCUCCUGGGAUAUUUGUCAUCCUUGUUUCCUUAGCUCAGGUCUACUUUGCCGGUUUCAGGUGCUGGCAAAUUUCUUCUUCUUUCUUGUUUUAUAGAUCAUGUUUCUAGUCCCAUGAUAUUCACUGAAUGACCCUGUUAAAAAAAAAAAAAUCUCCUCUCCUUGACUUCCAUUUUCUUAAUUAUUCUGUAGCCUAUUAGUGACAUCUUGGGUUCUAUUCUUGUCAGAAUUUUAGCAUGCUUACAAUUUAGACCAUUCUCUUCAAUAAUUCUGUUACUUU